CGCCUCCCCCCCCCCUCCCCUUGAGACACAGAAAUAGAAAGCGGACGGCAAACUAAAAGGUUUAGUCCACGUUUCCACCACCGAAUUUUUUUUUCCCCCUCCCCUCUAGCGUAGCUCCAGUAUCACCAAGAAGGGGACAGUGCUCGCUGAGCCGGAGGAGGGGCGGGCAAUCCGUCUGUCAAUCGCUCAAGUUCAGCCGGAAACACGGUUCGUAGCAAAAGUAAAAGUUGUGCAGUAGCUUUAACGUCGAUUUAACGUGACAAAUUGAAAAAGUUGCACCUUCGAGGGAAUGGCACUCGACUUCGCCGCGGGCUGCGUGGGAGGUGCUGCUGGUGUUUUGGUUGGACAUCCGUUCGACACAGUGAAGAUGAGAGAGAGAAAUAAACAACCUCUCGACGGAAUUGGGACCUAGUGCGUCUUCAGGUUCAAAAUGCGGACAAGCCUCUCUACCGUGGCACAUAUCACUGCUUCCAGUCCAUUGUACGCCAGGAGUCGACGUUGGGUCUAUACAAAGGCCUGGGCUCUCCAAUGAUGGGCCUGACCUUCAUCAACGCCAUCGUGUUCGGCGUGCAGGGCAACGCCAUGCGCAAGCUGGGUCGCGACACACCGCUCAACCAGUUCCUGGCAGGUGCCUCGGCGGGUGCCAUCCAGUGUGUCAUCUGCUGUCCAAUGGAGCUGGCCAAGACCCGCAUGCAGAUGCAAGGCACGGGAGAGAAGAAGUCCAAGAGGAAGAUGUACAAGAACUCUCUGGACUGCCUUGUGAGGAUCUACAACAAGGAAGGCAUCCGGGGCAUCAACCGCGGCAUGGUGACGACGCUCCUUCGCGAGACCCCAGGCUUCGGCGUCUACUUCCUGGCGUACGACGUGCUGACGCGCCACCUGGGCUGUGAGCCGGAGGACCCCUAUCUGAUCCCCAAGCUGCUGUUCGCCGGCGGCAUGUCCGGCAUCGCCUCCUGGCUCUCCACCUACCCCGUGGAUGUCAUCAAGUCCCGACUGCAGGCGGACGGCGUGGGCGGCGUGCACCGCUACGGUGGCAUCGUUGACUGCGUGCGGCAGAGCGUGCGCAAAGAGGGCUGGAGGGUGUUCACGCGUGGCCUCACCUCCACGCUGCUUCGGGCUUUUCCGGUCAACGCCACCACCUUCGCCACCGUGACUCUCUUCCUGCUGUACAUGCGAAAGGAUGACGAAUGCGUCCUGAAGGGCCCAGAGCCGCAGGCCGUACCCAUGCAGCCGCUGCAGCCUCAGGCUCAAGCCACCAGCAUCUGAGCUCAGCCGCGCCAAGCAGAAAAGUCAUUGUAGGUACAAAUCACACAGGCGUAGUAUUUAAUAAUUAUAUAGUGAGAUGAAAUGGCGCUUGUACAUAUCCUCUUUUUUUAUAUACUUCAUUUUUUUAUGCUCAUUAAAGAAUAGAGCCAACGUGGUUACAGGAGUUACUGUAAUGCACAGUAAUGUGUUCAAAGGCUGCGGCGCCUCAUCUGUUGCAACGCAUAUCUUCAAUUAGACUUAUUUUAUGGUGUCAAACUAUCAGCUUAGUCCCCCCAAGUUCCACACUACACUUGUAUCAAUUUACCCUAAUGGUUACCGAAGUUGGGGGACUCGAGUGAAACCUAAGUUUCCAAUUUUAGGUCUAAGGACUUACGAAAGACUCGACUUUGACUUGAAAUACAUGACAUUUGAAAAUCACCAAUUUCAAGAUAUGCUACUCACGACAGACUGAUAACAAAUGUCUCUUUGUUAGCAAGCUAAGCUAAACUCCAUCGGGAAGCUUCAACGUGCAUUGAGAUGAGUUUAUUCGGACACGAAGAUUUGACAAAUGAUGUUUUAUUCUAGUAGUGAUUGACGCACUUGGUUUUGGGUGAAAUUUCAGGAUGACCCUAAAACCUUUACCUUCUCUAAACUUUUGAAUGUACUUGUCCAACUGUUCAAUGUUUCUGUACUUUUCACACAACUUUGUUCUUUAACAAGGAGACGAACGGCAACAUAUUAAGGACAUGCGGUUCUGUGACUCGUCCAGUAGCUCUAAAUUUCUGCUGAUGACACUGUGUGACACUCGAAACUUAGUGGCCACUUCCCGUUUGAAGCCUUGUGAUGGGGAAGAAGUACUGCUGAGCAUUUGUUAGGCAUCGUGAACAGCAUGAUGAAGAGGACUGUUUAAACACCAAUUCUAAUUGAACCAGGAAAUUUGCUUCAUUCAUGUUGUGAAUUUAAGCAUCUUGUUAGAGAACAGAAAGUCGUCCCAAAACAGAAGAACUGAGCUGUUAGAUGUGCAUUCAAAAGUUUAGAGGCGAUCACCUGUAAGGGUUUUGAUGCGUUUUAGGUUCAUCUUUAAAUUUCACACAGAAGCCAAAUAUUCCCAAUUUGUUGUGAGUAGUGUAGUGUGCCAUUUGUUGUUUUUGAAAGAAAAUGUUUUUUUGGGGUGUAGUGUGAGCGAACGUGUCAAUCCACCAGUAUGCUCGGACGCAUGGUGCAGAGGCCACCUCAUAAAGCAAAUCUCACGGAGGGAGCACUGAAGAUUAUUCCAUUUGGAUUCAAGGAUUAUGUGUUUGAUCAAAUUGGGAAAAAGAGUGUCAACAAGGAAGGUUAGCAACUCAGAGGAAACAACAUCUAACUUUAUCCAUCACGGUCACUCAAAAACCCACAAAGACAGGAAAGCUAACUUCACAGUUUAGCUGGUCAAACAUCAACAAAAUUUUCUAUCCGUUAUGCGUGUAAUUGAGAAUAAAAUAAAGUGAUAGACAAAACGGAGACUGGUUUUGUAACCAAAAAAAAAAAAAUCAACAACCUGAUUGUUAAUCUGUUGGUACAGCUAACUAACAGAUAUUCAGUGCAAUGUGGCUCGUGUGUGUGAGUAAGAUUGUAUGAUAAGACUCCAGACUCCCACCUCUGAUGGUUACAAACAUACUGUACAUACAUGUAAAUAUUACAUUUGUUUUCCGUAGCUUACAUCUGUGUCAUUGUAGGUGUACAGUAUUUCUUUAUCUAGAUCCUCCAGGUUAUGACAGUGGAACUUCCAAAGUCCAACACAGUCCACUCAGUGACGCUGGUUGAGUUCCCAAAAAGUGAAAUAAGUUUUAGGUGCAAACUGCUAUUUUAAAAAAAUAAUAAAAAAUUAUAUUUGCGCACACAAUGCAAGGUUUUAGAGCAAUACUGUCACUAAGUGGCAUUUUGUCGGUAUUGCUGGAAUAAUGUUUAACAUUUAUUUACAACUGUCAAUUUGGUGUAUGAAAUUGAUAUUUAAUUAAUUGUAUCAGUCAUAGUAUACUGAGCAAGACUUUCCGAUGACAGUAAGGUCCAUUUUAUGUUCUGCGGUUGUCACUUUUUUCAUCACUCAUCACAAAAAAUCCAAAGAAAAAGCAGACAAAAUAAAAAGUUCAGAUGCUGCCUGAGCUGAAGUCUAGGGUUUGUUGCACUUUGGAGGUUCCACCCGACCGUGCUAGACCAUCACCGUCCCGUCCCGCUGCAAUGUAAAUUUUAAACAAAAUGGCCGAUGCAGAGAAUGUGUAACGGUGGUCUUGAAUGUCUAAAAAAAUAAAAUAAAUUAAGAUAUUGUAUAAUAGUUGGAUCCAAAUGAUUGCAAAGCAUGUAUAAAAGCAGUGUGCCCGUGUUAAAUUAAGCACAUCUCUAUGCAAUUUACUUAUUUUUCUACUCCUCUCCCACUCGAUUAUUUAUGCACCCUUUGAUUCCAUAUUUUGUUACAAUGUCGAUUGUGCUAAAAUGCUGUCAUCGAUUUAAUUGAGUGCCAGUAAAAGGCACACAAUUUCUUGUCAAAUGGCUUUUUUGUUUAAGGUAGUUUGUGUCAUCAAGAGGUUACAUAUGGUGUGUGUGUGUGUGUAUGUGUAUAUAUAUAUAUAUAUAUAUAUAUAUAUAUAUAUAUAUAUAUAUAUAGAGUGGUGCCUUGAAAUAAGAGUUAAAUUCAUUCUGUGACCAUGCUCGUAUCUCAGAACACUCACCUCAAAUCAUCUUUCUUCAUUGAAACCAAUGAAAAUGCACUUAAUCCGUUCCAGCCCCUAAUAAACACCAAAAUCAUUUGUUAAUGUCCUUUUUCAGAAUAUAAUUGCACUCAACAGUAUUGCACUGUAUAGAAACACAAUAUUUGCUGUCCACAUAACCUGGAAACAUGGAAAAUGUAAGUACAAAACACAACUGUACCUAAUGCAUUGUUCUUCUGUGGGGUUUAUUGGCAUUUGGCAUACCAGCCUAAUGGUGCAUUACCGCCAUCAAUUGGUAUUGUCCUUCCACUGCAAGGAAGCCUAUGUGAAUUGAUUGUGGCCUAAUGGAGGGAGGUUUUGCUGCCCACUUCUAACAGUGGGGUUCUGAAAUGCAUAUUUUUGCUCGCAUCAAUAUGAAAAGUGGGCCCAGCAAUGGCUCAUAUAGUGAAAAACAAGCAAUUUAAGGAACUCAUAUCUCAAGGCACCACUGCAUGAUAUACAGAUCAUGUUGCUGCAAGGCAACAUGAGAAAGUAACAGCUGCUGUUGUUGAUUUUUCACUUGAUGCUGCUGAUUUGUACUUUUUUUGGUGGUUAUAGUUGGACGACUAUUAUAAAAUGGAACAAUUGAU